AGUAAUCGCCGAAAAAAGUCGGCAACACUGCACGAAUUCAACGUGUUGUUCAUGGUAGGAUCGCGAAGUAAACAGAGGCAGAGGUGCGAGUGGAGCUCAUUACUACUGAAGAAAUCUAGGCACAUUUCACAAGGAAUCGCUGUUCGUUGAAUGAAGCUUUACCGACGAGAAAACAAUAUGGAUACGUUUAGAUGGAUUAUGCUGCUGGUUUACAAAUCUAGGACAACUUGAUCUCGAGGAACAAUAAAUCAGCUAUUUUUCAUCCAUGGUGGUUGCAAGUUGUAAAGCGAUGGAUGGUAUCGGGAAUACAAUGCAGAAGAAGGCUGCGGAGCUCGAGCGCAUGGCCGAGGUUCUCGUCACCGGAGAGCAGUUGAGGCUGCGUCUCCAUGAAGGGAAGGUGGUUAAGGACCGCAGGCAUCACCUGAGGACGUAUCCCAACUGCUUUGUGGCCAAGGAGCUGAUCGACUGGCUGCUGGAGCACAAGGAGGCGUCCGACAGAGACACGGCCAUCAGGAUCAUGCAGAAACUCCUGGAUCAGAGCAUCAUCCAUCACGUUUGUGACGAGCACAAGGAGUUCAAAGACAUGAAGCUGUUCUAUCGCUUCCGGAAAGAUGACGGGACGUUUCCGCUGGACAACGAAGCCAAGGUCUUCAUGAGGGGACAACGGAUAUAUGAAAAGCUCAUGAUGAACACAGAGACGUCCAUCCUAGCGACUCGGGAAGAAGAGGGUGAGACGUUUGAACGGACGCUGGUGGCCUCCGAGCUUGUUGAUUGGCUGCUGGCGGAGGGAGAGAUGGCGACCCGAGAGGAGGCGGAGCAUCUUGGACGGAGGCUUCUAGAACACGGGAUCAUGCAGCACGUGACCAACAAGCAGCACUUUGUGGAUGGAGGGCUGCUAUACCAGUUCAGACUGAACUUCAGAAGGAGACGGCGUCUGAUGGAGCUGCUGAACGAGCGCUGCCGUACCAUCCCAGAGAGCCACGACAGCCCCUUCUGUCUCCGCAAACAGAACCCGGAGGGAGGCAACACCAGCUUCCUGUCUGUGAGUCCUACUAAAGAGAUGAAGAUGAUAGUGGGUAUCCGUCGGAGCAGCAUGAGCAGCAGCUGUGGCAGCAGUGGUUACUAUAGCAGCAGUCCCACCCUCAGUAGCAGCCCCCCGGUGCUCUGUAACCCAAAGUCAGUGUUGAAGAGGCAAGUGAGUCCUGAGGAGCUGCAGACCCCAGGAGGCCCUUACAUAAAGAAGACAUUCACAAUCGUGGGGGACGCGGUGGGCUGGGGCUUCGUGGUGCGGGGCAGUAAGCCCUGCCACAUCCAGGCUGUCGACCCCAGUGGUCCCGCAGCUGCAGCUGGGAUGAAGGUGUGCCAGUUUGUGGUCUCGGUCAACGGGCUUAACGUGCUGUCUCUGGACUACAGGACAGUCAGUAACCUCAUCCUGACCGGGCCCAGGACCGUUGUCAUGGAAGUCAUGGAGGAAGCAGAUUACUGAAGAGGCAGGCUAUCACGUGGCAGGGGGCGUGGCUGAGCAGAGUAGACCCAAGGCAGACCCUAAAGACACCAUGGAGAAAGACGUGCCUUUAUGGAACUCUAUGAAAACUCUCUCUGGGCUUCUAACUCUAUGGGAAACUCUCUGGACUUCUAACUCUGUGGGAAACUCUCUGGGCUUCUAACUCUAUGGGAAACUCUCUGGACUUCUAACUCUAUGGGAAACUCUCUGGACUUCUAACUCUGUGGGAAACUCUCUGGGCUUCUAACUCUGUGGGAAACUCUCUGGGCUUCUAACUCUGUGGGAAACUCUCUGGGCUUCUAACUCUGUGGGAAACUCUCUGGGCUUCUAACUCUGUGGGAAACUCUCUGGGCUUCUAACUCUGUGGGAAACUCUCUGGGCUUCUAACUCUAUGGGAAACUCUCUCUAGGCUUCUAACUCUUUGGGAAACUCUCUGGGCUUCUAACUCUGUGGGAAACUCUCUGGACUUCUAACUCUGUGGGAAACUCUCUGGGCUUCUAACUCUGUGGGAAACUCUCUCUGGGCUUCUAACUCUGUGGGAAACUCUCUCUGGGCUUCUAACUCUGUGGGAAACUCUCUCUGGGCUUCUAACUCUAUGGGAAACUCUCUCUAGGCUUCUAACUCUUUGGGAAACUCUCUGGGCUUCUAACUCUGUGGGAAACUCUCUGGGCUUCUUACUCUGUGGGAAACUCUCUGGGCUUCUAACUCUAUGGGAAACUCUCUCUAGGCUUCUAACUCUUUGGGAAACUCUCUGGGCUUCUAACUCUGUGGGAAACUCUCUGGGCUUCUAACUCUGUGGGAAACUCUCUGGGCUUCUAACUCUGUGGGAAACUCUCUCUAGGCUUCUAACUCUUUGGGAAACUCUCUGGGCUUCUAACUCUGUGGGAAACUCUCUGGGCUUCUAACUCUGUGGGAAACUCUCUCUGGGCUUCUAACUCUGUGGGAAACUCUCUCUGGGCUUCUAACUCUGUGGAAAACUCUCUCUAGGCUUCUAACUCUUUGGAAACCCCUCUCUGGACUUCUAACUCUAUGGGAAACUCUUUCUGGGCUUCUAACUCUGUGGAAAACUCUCUAGGCUUUUAACUCUUUGGAAAACUCUCUCUAGGCUUCUAACUCUUUGGAAAACUCUCUGGGCUUCUAACUCUAUGGGAAACUCUCUCUGGGCUUCUAACUCUAUGGGAAACUCUCUCUGGGCUUCUAACUCUAUGGGAAACUCUCUCUGGGCUUCUAACUCUAUGGGAAACUCUCUCUCUGGGCUUCUAACUCUAUGGGAAACUCUCUCUCUGGGCUUCUAACUCUAUGGGAAACUCUCUCUCUGGGCUUCUAACUCUAUAGGAAACUCUCUCUGGGCUUCUAACGCUGUGGGAAACUCUCUCUGGGCUUCUAACGCUGUGGGAAACUCUCUCUGGGCUUCUAACUCUAGGAAAGACUCAGUCAAGCUCUGCCAGCAACCACCCACUGUCUCUUUCCUAUUGGACACUGCUUCCCUCUGAUGGCCUCCAAUAGAACUGCUUGGAGAAGAGAGGGAGGACAUUAGCUACUCUGUUAGAUACACACAUCUUGUCAUUGUCCUCCUGUCUCAUCUGUCUAGUGGAUGUUGAGACAUCAGAUGGACCCUGAUAACAUAACGGUCCACUGCUCCAUGAUUAGGGGGCUGUCCCCUUCUGGGUUCUCACGGUCUCCUGUGGGCUGGGCUGUGUGUUUUCGUUAUGUAUUGAUGGUACUACCUACCCAUGUGUGAAGCUGUGUGUGGAGAGACAGUUCUGGACCUGUCUAGAUCUGUCUGUCUUUCUCUAUCCCAGGAUGAUAUGUGGUGAAGCUGAGGACAGGCCUGAAUGAGACAGACAGCAUCAUUUGGGACAGGCCUGAAGGAGACAGACAGCAUAUCAUUUGGGACAGGCCUGAAGGAGACAGACAGCAUAUCAUUUGGGACAGGCCUGAAGGAGACAGACAGCAUAUCAUUUGGGACAGGCCUGAAGGAGACAGACAGCAUAUCAUUCGGGACAGGCCUGAAGGAGACAGACAGCAUAUCAUUUGGGACAGGCCUGAAGGAGACAGACAGCAUAUAAUUCGGGACAGGCCUGAAGGAAACAGACAGCAUAUCAUUCGGGACAGGCCUGAAGGAGACAGACAGCAUAUAAUUCGGGACAGGCCUGAAGGAGACAGACAGCAUAUCGUUCGGGACAGGCCUGAAGGAGACAGACAGCAUAUCAUUCGGGACAGGCCUGAAGGAGACAGACAGCAUAUCGUUCGGGACAGGCCUGAAGGAGUCAGACAGCAUAUAAUUCGGGACAGGCCUGAAGGAAACAGACAGCAUAUUGUUCGGGACAGGCCUGAAGGAAACAGACAGCAUAUUGUUCGGGACAGGAGUGUGAAGCAUUAGCAAGUGACUGUUCAAUCCGCUGGGCCACAUGAUGAUGCAAACCACAUCCAACUUCUCCAAAGCUGUUUGGGCGUGACACAGACACCAGCCUGGUUACACUGUCGUUGGCUAGAGAUCACUCACUAUACAUUGUGGUAGUUGUGUGAAGUUGGCCUUAGUUUAACCAAGCAAACAGGGUUGUAUAAUGUUCAUGUUUAUGCAGGACUAAUUGUUGUCAAUGAUGUGUCUUUUCCCAGUACACUUAGGGCGAGUUUCCCGGGCAACAAAUCCUGGACUAAAAAGUCUAAAUCAAUGAAUAAUCUCCAUUUGAAAGUAUCUUCCUUUUUUUUUUUUUUUUGUCCAAGAUUAUUCUUUGUCCGGGAAACCGUCCCUUGGAGAUAAAGUAGGUAGCUGCUAGCUAGUUAAUGAGAUAACACUAGACUGGAUGGUUCCGGUCUACUGUCUGUAGGCCUGAAUAUCAUGAUUAUAAUUACCACAUAAAGGAUAUGACUCAGUAUGUAGACCAAAAGGUUGUGCUACUAACACCUACCUUCACUCUGUCAUGACACAACAAACCAUUACCCAUCAGGUCCCUUUCCCAGACAUGCAUUUUGCCUAGUCUUGGACGAGAAAGCAAGCUGAAAUGGAGAAUCUCCGUUGAAAGAGCUUUUUAGUCCAGGGAAACUGCUCAUAGUGAUUAUAAAUGGGGUGGUUUGCAUAGUUUUCUAAGAUUUAUAAUGUGUAAUGACAGUGAUGAGUGCGUUUUUUUUUAGCCCUGGCGUUGAGGCCUAUGACGACACCCACCUGUUACCAAUAGCCGAAUGUGGAGGUCGUAUAUCCACUGUAGUUCCUAGUCGUUCAGAAGUGGCAUGCUCUACACUACCGUCAAUUCUAUAAGAUAUGGAUAUGUUAACAUAUAUAUAGUUAAUGUAGAUCUAUGUAUGGAUUUAGGUUGACUAAGGCACUUUAAAUAUGAAAAUAACUGUUUGCAUCAGUUUGUUUUCUAGUUAAAAUGUCAGAAAAUAGUUAAUGUGUUAAGACGUCACUCUACUGUACCAUCCUGAAACCUAAACAUAUUAAGAAUUAUCAACCCAUUUUUUUUUUUUGCCAUCAGACCCGAUCUACUUGUAUUUAAGAAGGAAAAGGGGUUUUAUUUUGGUAGCUAGCUGUGAAUUUAAAGUAGAAUAACUGUUUUUCUCAUGCCAUCAAUAAUCUAUGGCAGUAUUUAAUAACUGUAUGAUAACAGAAUCGUCUGUAGCUCAGUGUACCAGGGUCAACUGUUGUCUUAUGACAUCACUUCCUGGUCAGAUAAAGUAGCCUAGAUUCAUUGUAAGAUUUAAAAAUAAUAAAAGAAUAGCAGCACAAGCUCUCUGUUCCUGUUCACCUGGCUUCAAUAUGCAGUGUUGUUGUUUACCAUAAUGUCAAGCCUCAAAUCAUAGGUUUUUUAUUUUGGAAAACAGUCACUUUUUGACAAGCUAGGAUUCUGUCUCUUUUAUAAAUGUGCUGAAAUGUGUAAAGCAACGAAAUGCAUAAUUCAAGAAACGAUGUAAGUGUAUGUAGCGCUUGUUUACAAUCCAGGGUUCUUUUUUCACGACUGAUACAAUAUCAUUGGUUAGCUCUCACUAACAUUAGACAUCAGUGAUUGGGUGAAUGGCUGCUCUCACUAACAUUAGACAUCAGUGAUUGGGUGAAUGGCUGCUCUCACUAACAUUAGACAUCAGUGAUUGGGUGACUGGCUGCUCUCACUAACAUUAGACAUCAGUGAUUGGGUGAAUGGCUGCUCUCACUAACAUUAGACAUCAGUGAUUGGGUGAAUGGCUGCUCUCACUAACAUUAGACAUCAGUGAUUGGGUGAAUGGCUGCUCUCACUAACAUUAGACAUCAGUGAUUGGGUAAUGCAUGAGGUUUUCGUGGUAUGUUUGUUUUACACAUUUCUGCUCCACCACCUAGUUUCACUUUAGUCCUGUAAUUAUUGGUUCUGUCGUACAAGCAAAGGCUUGUGUUGUUUGGUAAGCGAGAACUUAGAGAAAUGCACAUUACAAUGAGUUAUUUUAUACCUCAGCUGUUUUUGGUUACACUUUACUGAAAGCAUCCAGGUUAAAAUGCAUGAUAACUUGUUAUUUGCAUGAGCCUUUUAUGAUGUCUUAUAAUCAGGCGUAUAAAAAUACUUAUCAUAUAUUAAUACCUGUGUGCUUUAAACAGACACAAUGACCAGAAAGAGCUGAAAAUCCAGUCACUUUUGGACUUUUUAAAUGUGCCAUGUUAUAAUCUUGAAACAUUUGCCUUAAUAACUUUUGAUUGUACUGCUAUAGUCUUCUUUUCAGUUGGUGGUCAUCUAAUAUUUUGAAUAUCUUCUCUGAAAGGGUUCACUAUGCUAUCCUCUUCCUGAUCUGUCUUACUAUACUAACCUUCUGCUGCUUAUUUUACGGACUGAUCAUCUUUUGUCUCGACAAUCAGUGUUCUGUUGAUACACACGGUCUGCGUUCCAGAUGGUAGUGCACUACUUUUGACCAGGGCCCAGUGGGGAGGGGGGGUUAUAUCACUAUAUAGGGAAUAGAAUGCCAUUUGAGACGCGACCCGAGUUCUGAACAGCACAUGGACUGACUGCAGUACGGAUAGAGCUACAACCUGCCACGUACUCUCUGCUUCCUAGAAGGUUUUACUAAUGGUAAUGAAUCAAUGACUUGAUUAAAGAAUAAAAAAUAAAAAAAUAAUGUUUUGUAAAAAUAAUCAGUCAGCAGCUCAUUUUAAAGGGAUUAAUUAAUCUACAGAUCAUUAUGUUCAUUAAUAAUCUAUGUACAUUUAAAUGAUCUAGAUUACACUCUGUGCUCACGAAGUGACUAUAUAAAGGCUUUAAUAGCAGUUUGUGUACAUACAUUUGAUAAAAUACAUUGUGUGGAUGAAUGUCAGGACAAUGAAAUAAAUAAGCUCACGUGUGGUAUCACGUCUGUGUUGCGCAAUGCAGCUAAAGGCAUACAGUUCAAAUGUAAAGUUCAUAUGUGUUUUAAUAAACAUACUGGUUUGGUUCAAAA